AUGGAGCCUGUCAAGAGCAUUCUUACCAAUGCCAAAUACUCCACUACCAUCUUCUUAUCCAUCUUUGUUCUCUUAGCUUCAGCAUUGUCUUCAGCAAAUGCCAAAAUUCAUGAGCACGAGUUUGUUGUUCGAGCCACUCCAGUGAAGAGGCUGUGCAAAACCCACAAUACCAUCACCGUGAAUGGGCAAUUCCCGGGGCCAACAUUGGAGAUCAAUAAUGGAGACACUUUGGUCGUCAAAGUCGUUAACAAAGCUCGGUACAAUUUGACCGUUCACUGGCAUGGUAUUAGACAAAUGAGAACAGGUUGGGCAGAUGGACCAGAAUUUGUGACUCAGUGUCCCAUUCGUCCUGGAGGGAGUUACACUUACCGAUUCACCGUUGAAGGACAAGAAGGCACACUUUGGUGGCAUGCUCAUAGCUCAUGGCUAAGAGCCACAGUUCACGGAGCUUUAAUCAUUCGUCCUAGGGAAGGAGAGGCCUACCCUUUUCCUAAGCCAAAGUGCGAGACACCUAUUAUUCUAGGGGAAUGGUGGGACGCGAACCCCAUCGAUGUUGUAAGGCAGGCCACAAGAACUGGGGCAGCUCCAAACGUGUCUGAUGCAUACACUAUAAAUGGUCAACCUGGUGAUCUUUAUAAGUGCUCUAGCAAAGGCACUACCAUUGUUCCAAUAGAUUCCGGCGAGACCAAACUCCUUAGGGUCAUCAAUGCUGCACUCAAUCAACCACUUUUCUUCACCAUUGCCAACCAUAAGCUAACAGUUGUAGGUGCUGAUGCCUCUUACCUUAAACCCUUCACCACCAAAGUCCUCAUGCUAGGACCUGGCCAAACCACUGAUGUCUUAAUCACCGGUGACCAGCCACAUUCCCUUUACUACAUGGCGGCGCGUGCUUACCAAUCAGCACAAAACGCUCCUUUUGACAACACAACCACCACUGCCAUUCUUCAAUACAAUAAUAAAUCAUCAUCACAUUCUCAUUCCAAAUCCAAAGGGGUAAAAGUUAAACCAUUUCUUCCCCCACUCCCUGCUUACAAUGACACUAACACAGUCACUGCCUUCAGUAAAAACCUUAGAAGCCCCAAAAAAGUUGAGGUUCCCACUGAAAUUGAUGAGAACCUUUUCUUCACUGUGGGCCUUGGACUCAACAAGUGCCCACCAAAUUUCAGAAAAAGAAGAUGCCAAGGACCCAAUGGGACACGUUUCACUGCAAGCAUCAACAACGUUUCUUUUGUCCUCCCAAGAAACGUUUCCAUCCUGCAGGCUCACUAUCUUGGAAUCCCCGGAGUUUUCACCACUGAUUUUCCGGCGAACCCGCCGGUGAAAUUCGACUACACCGGUAACGUGAGCCGUUCACUAUGGCAACCUGUUCCGGGGACUAAAGUGUACCCGUUGAAGUAUGGAUCAAGGGUCCAGAUUGUGUUGCAGGACACUAGCAUUGUCACUCCUGAGAACCACCCAAUUCAUCUUCAUGGGUAUGAUUUCUACAUCGUUGCAGAGGGGUUUGGGAAUUUCAACCCCAAUAAAGAUACAUCAAAAUUCAACCUUGUUGAUCCACCUCUGAGGAACACAGUGGCAGUACCUGUAAAUGGAUGGGCAGUUAUCCGAUUCGUUGCUGAUAACCCAGGUGCUUGGAUUAUGCAUUGUCACUUGGAUGUUCAUAUAGGGUGGGGUUUGGCUACAGUGUUCUUGGUAGAGAACGGAGUUGGGAAAUUGCAAUCCAUAGAGGCCCCUCCAGCGGAUCUUCCUCUUUGUUAGGAUUAUAUCAAAAUAACUAAAUUCAUCAGCCAAGUAA